UGAUAAAUAAAUAGAGAUAACUCCCCAAUCGUUUCUUCUUCAUUGGGUUGGCAGUGCACAUUUCUUCAUUCAUUUACAAGUUCAUCCAAGUUCGUACCCACGAGAUAAUUAAUGGCUCGUUGCCACAUGAGAUCGCUGAUCUUGUUCUUAGUUUUUGCUCUGUUCGCAUCACCGAGCCAAGGCUUCUCAGGGACUAAGAAUAAGAUAAAAUCUGCAGUCUUUUUUUCACCAAAACUGGUGAUGAGUCCAGGAUCAGUCUCGGAUCCGCGCUUAUUCGACAUCGAUUUCCCAAGAGGGCAUAUCGGCAUCAAAGGUUUCGAUGCUGAAGUGGUUGAUGAAGUGGGCAAACCCGUCCCUCUACAUGAGACAUAUCUCCACCACUGGCUUGUCCAACCUUACUAUGCGCGUAAAGGUUCUUCUAAGCUUCCGCAGCAAGAAAUGUUUAGGAACCAUGGAUUUUCUCGGCAAGACCCCGAAACCAAUCUUGAUUCGAGAUCGUCGGAUAUUAUUAUUGUUAAAAACGGAGGGCUGUGCAGGGGUGUAACACUCAGACAUUACUUUGGUUUAGGAUCUGAAACCCGCAAAACCUCGACGUAUGUUCCUGAUCCUUACGCUGUUGAAAUCGAUAAUCCUGAGGAGAUACCUGAUGGUUAUGAAUUCAAAUGGCUUCUCAACAUUCACGCUAUAGACACCAGAGGUGUAGAAGACAGGAAAGGAUGCAUAGAAUGUCUUUGUGAUCUGUAUAACGUAACCGUUGAUGAGUACGGUCGUACUAUAAAACCGGGAUACAAAGGAGGUUUACACUGCUGCUACGAUAAGACUCAGUGUCGGGUGAAAAGCGGAUUUGGCAAUGGAGAGAAACAAAGAAAUCUGUAUUUGAAGUACACUGUGAAAUGGGUUGAUUGGGACAACACGGUUAUGCCCGCUAAAAUUUAUUUUCUCGAUGUUACAGAUUCUUGGAAAAAAUCAGAGGGAUCAUCAAUAGGAGGAGAUAGCCUAAAACAUAAUUGCCAUGUGGAAUACGUUGUGGAACCGUGCAAAAAAACCAAUGGCGAUGGAUGCAUUGAUGUUAAGAAAAAGAGCUUAAUGAUGCCAUUUAGUGGGUAUAUUAUCUACGCCGUAGCUCACCAACAUGCUGGUGGUGUAGGUGCUGCUCUGUACCGAGAGAGCGGUGAAGGAAUAUGUACUUCGAUGGCCAAGUAUGGGGAUGGAGUUGAACCUGGAAACGAAGCUGGUUACAUUGUUGGAAUGACGUCAUGUUAUCCUGCUGAUCCAGUGAAAGUGAGCUAUGGUGAGACAUUGACUAUGGAGUUUAAUUACAGUAGUGCCGUUGGUCAUACCGGAGUUAUGGGACUCUUUUGCCUCCUCGUUGCUCAGCAGUUGCCUGAACCAAAGAGCUCCUUGCUUGAUCUUUUUCAGGAGGAAGCGUGACCAUUUUAGCAUAUUUGGCCGUGGUGGCGGUAGUGGUCCUAAUAGCUGCCGUGAUAUACCGGAGACAGAGCCGGGAAGAUAGUUAUCAAUCUCUUUUUAGUACCUGCAAAAGGAAUAAAACCAUGUCGACUACCAUUAAUCAAAAA